UCAUCGCAGUUGUUUUGAGGUGUCCAGAAGUCAAUUGAUAAAUUAUCAUUUUAACCAUAAUACAAUUAAUAUCUAAUCUAAUCAACCACCUUGAUAAUAAUAUUUAAUUUUACAUAUACAAUAUUUAGCACGUUCGAACGAUUGGACGUUAAUUAGCAUCCUGGGCACAACACCAUGGAAGAGCCGAAAAUGGCAAAGUCGCCGGAGCUGCCCACCACAUCAUCCGGGGCAUCGUCCACUUCGCCCGAAAACGUAGGCUACGACAAAAUUGCCUGGACCAGGGAUAUUACAGAACCAUUGUCGGAGGAGUCCUCUACAAGCCAAUUGCGACCGCUUGGAACCACAAUAUCAUCUGAUUCGGCGGCAGAAGCGAAUACAUCAAACACAUCGUAUUCCUUUACCGGAAAUUACCUUUCCGGCGGCAACAUUGCCGAUUUAAAGUCUGGCACCACGUCGUCCGCUGGCACUGAAAGUGCCUCGAAAUCCAACGAAAAGGACAAAGAACAGAACGAUGAAUCCCUUUACGAGUGCAAUAUAUGUCUGGACACGGCCAAGGAUGCGGUGGUCAGCAUGUGUGGCCAUCUCUUUUGCUGGCCGUGCCUGCACCAGUGGCUCUUGACACGCCCCAAUCGCAAACUCUGCCCAGUAUGCAAAGCUGCUGUGGAUAAGGAUAAAGUAAUACCGCUCUACGGGAGGAACAGUACGCAUCAGGAAGACCCUCGAAACAAAGUUCCACCACGCCCCGCUGGUCAUCGUACAGAACCAGAGCCUGUUCCUGGAUUUCCCGGAUUCGGAUUUGGAGACGGUUUCCACAUGUCGUUUGGUAUUGGGGCUUUUCCUUUUGGAUUUAUAACAUCAUCUCUAAAUUUUGGCGAACCGCGUCCUGCUGCUGCUAAUCGCGGUACAACGCAAUACGAGGAUGAGCAAACCCUGUCUAAGCUGUUUUUGUAUCUGGCCUUUUUGUGCAUCGGUUGGCUGCUUUUUGCAUAGCAAUCUGCGAACGCAUAAAAACAACAAAACGAUAACAAGAACGUAUAUUGGAAUGUGUAUUGAAAGCGUCCGAAGUAAUCAUAUAGCACUAUCCUCCAGUUAAAGCAACAAUAUUCUUAAAAAUGUUUGGUAAAAGUCGUUAAAAUAAUUGGACUACUUUUUAGUUAAAAUUGUACUUUGAACAUUUGUAAAAUCCGAAAACAUUUCAAAACUUUUGCGAGUCCCUGUGACGCUUAACAUACCAAAUUGAAAACUUAAAAUUAUUUCUUCGGUAUGUUCUCGGAUUGCAUUGAUUUAAUAAAAAGUAGCUGUCAAAAAAUGUAAAAAUAUAAAUACAAUAAACAUGAUAAACAAAAAAUAAA